CGAAUUCUACCGGACUUUGCUCAAUGUCAAGAGACGCAUGAACUGUCAAAAUCAAAAUGGCUGACAAAUGAAAAAACUUUUAAAAGUUUUACCAAAUGCUAGAUUGUGCAUUUGAACCGUAAUGUCUCAAAUACAUGGUCUGCCUCCGUUGCCGCAAUGCUUUGGCGGUUUAAUACAGGUGCAAAGAACUGUCUCAGAAAGCAGUCUAGGGGAUAUACAAGAGGGAACUUGCCACUCCUUAAAUGUUGAAGGUGUCAAUAAAAACAAUGUCAGCAAUGUAGAUGAAAAUAUUUGCCCCAGAGAUCUUCGAGAGAGAAGUCAUAACAAUGAUGAUGUUUUAGUUACGGAUGAAGCAUCACCAAAUUUUACGGAAACACCAUUUUCCAAGUUAAACAACGCUCUUCAUCGGCUUAAAAUGGAAAUGCAAGGCCUACGUAAGCUAGAUGUCACUCUACUUUACCAGCUAUGGAACCUUCAUGAAGCCAUACAGGAGUAUAAGGUGGUUAUGCAGGAACAGUACUCUGAUAUAGGUUCAGAGUACUCCUGGGGUGGCCUAAGUAGCAGGGCCUGUUCUAUCACAAGUAUCGACUCAUGUGAAGACCUGGGAGAGGAUUUCAUAUUGCAGUCCAACCCAUCGCUGAUCGAAUCCCUCCAGGGCAGCACAACAAGCCUCAUACAGCAGAUAGAAGAGCUGAAGGUGCGAGCAGAGACAGAAUUCUAAUGUUUUUCUAGUUAACAACGAUACUUUUAAAUUGAUAUCGUUAAUUAUCCUUAUUUAUAUAAUCUCGAUAUUGUCCUAGAUAAAGGUUGUGGUGAGUGUUGUGCUAGUUUUACAUAUGUAUAAAAAUGUUUAGCAUACCAAUGUUUAUCUUUGAGGAGUCGAUGUUCAAUUUUACGUUAUGGUAUUUAAGUAAAAUUACUUCCAAUGUUGUUUAUGCAGUCAAUUUUGACUUUCCAAUUUCGUCUUCCUAGAGAUCGUUGUUUUCUCUUUGGAAUAUAUGGCAGUGAUAUUUAUCAUUUUUAUAUUUAUAAUAUCAGAUGAUCAGAGUCAAAUGCAUUUAUAUGAAUUGUCUUAACUAUAAUUUUAUUUUAGAUCUGAGUCAUUCAUAUAUCAGGGUUUUGUGUUCUAUUAUUGCAUUUUAUGUUAAAGUUUUAAUUGUAUAUUGAUGACAUAUCUUUAUGUUUUCAUUUUAACAAACCUGACAUUAAAUGGUUCUUGCACAAUAUGCCAAAUUCUAUUUCGAACAGAUAAAACAUGUGCCAAUUUGUAUACAUGUAACAUGUAGUCUUAUAGAAAAUUUAAUAGAAAUUUAAUUUAAUUAUCAUUUGUUUUGCCUUCAAAGUAUCCUUUAGUUAUAUGAAAACAGAAGUAUUUGACAAUCUGUUACAGACACUUUUCAUACAUGCAUGAACAAUCUUGGUUGCACUGAAUGUACUAAUUGUCAUUGGAUUCAUGGCAUGCAUGUACAUGUUAGUUUCUGGUUCUUUCAUUUUUAGAAGGGUACAGUUAAUAAAAAAACACUUGAUCCAAAAUGAAUCUUAUAACAGCUUGAUGACAAGGGGAAGAGUUCUUAUAUCUGAAGCAACACCACCUGAUAAUCAUAUUUACAUCUGUCUGACUAUGUUUGCUGUGUUCACAAUUAUUUACAGAGAUUUAUGUAUUGUUUCACAGUACACUAUUGUUUAAUUAUAAAACACAUUUUUAUGUACAUGUAGUAAAUGGUGGUGCUCAGUUGGAAAUAAUCAGAGCAAUUAUUACAAGGUUUAGUUUAGUAAUUGGUAUAUGGUAGAUACUUGACCCCAAAUAAAUAUGGGUCAUUAAGAUGUCCACCAUGGGUCAUUAUGAUGUCCACCAUGGGGCAUUAAGAUGUCCACUUUACACCAAAGAGAUUGUUGAUAUGAUACCCACCUGUGGCACGUUUUUUGUUGCCUCAAAAUGGACACAUGUUUUCAUGUUCAAGAGUGCCAUAAUUAUAUUAUGCAGGCUGAAAUAUGUCUCCAAACGAGUUGUUCAGAAACUUAAAUGUUUUAAAAAGUAUAUGUUGUAAGGUUUUGCUUUAUCAAUCUAUAUUCCAUAAGUAUUAAAUUACAUAUUUUAACUUAAAGCUGGAGUGAAAAAUGUCAAUUCUUGACAUGAAAAGGAAUACAAUACACAUUUUUAUACCUUAAGUUAAUUGACCUCUGUAUCUGUAUUUAUCCUCCUACAUGUUGUACUAGUAUACAUAUAAAGCCACUUGUACUAGUAUACAUAUAAAGCCACUUGUUUGGAUUAUUUAUCAGUCGUUGUAAAAAAUAUAAAAUGCAAAUAUUUUUAUUGUGGCAUACUGCUCCUUUUGUAGAUGUAAACAAGUAUUCUAUUACAUGUACAAUAUAUAUUCAUGUAGUGUUGUAGCCAAAGAUGGUAGACUGUGAUGACUCAAUUUCUUCCCUACCUAACAGUAAUACAUUGCAAAUGCAUACAAGGGAGGUAAUUUGUUUUAAGCAUUAUUCAAUAGAACAGAUUUAGAGGCCAGUAUGAAAUAAGAGAAAAGAAUUAUACAAUGCACUGUUGUUAAGAAGACCUAACAUUUUCUGUUGUUAGCCAUGACACUCAGUCACUCACUGAUAUUAUUUAAUCAUACAUGUAUUACAUUUAUUGUUUUUAAAAUCUUUGACCAAACUUGACUAAACUAAUUUAAAGUAAGUGGGAACAUUGUGUUAUAUGAUAUAUGCCUAUUUUUAUAUUUUGAAAGUAUUUAGCAGAAUUAUAUUUAAUUGUUUCUUUAGUUUGAAUAUAUACCAGCAAGUUAUCAACGAAUACAUUUUGUUGUGAUCUGUGCACCAUCCGUGCACCUAGAUGUUAGUGGACCAUAAAGUGCCUUUUGUAUGAAUUUUGAUAUUAAAUGUUAGAUUUGUU